AAAUAAAUAAUUAUAAAAAUAAAAUUAUAAAUUUAAGGGCUAAAAUAUAUAAAAUAAAAAAAUUACUGAUCACUUGCUUCAUUUCGAAAAGUAAAAGGACUAAAAAUUAAUUUGCCAAAUAUAAAAGUACUUUGGCCUUGUUCUUUGUUCUCCCAGGUCCCAGAGCCUUCGGUCUUGAAGUCUUCCAACUCCAUUUCCAUGGCGCUUCUUGCUAUUCUUUUGACCUCCAAAUACUCACUCAAAACCUUGAUUUUCUCUCUCUCUUUUCACUUAAUUCCCACCAUACCCUCUUAUUCAUUCUCUUCCCAAUGCAGACGACGCCUAGCUACCCCUUUCUCUCUGCCUUCGGAAUCUCCUCCGUUAGCAAAGAAGGUCCCUUUUACAGUCUCUGCUCAUGGAAAAACGUGGCAGGAUCCCUACCAUUGGAUGCGCAACACCAAUGAACCCGAUUUUGUCGAUUACCUCAACCAAGAGAACUCGUAUGCCCAAGCUUUCAUGGCCGACACUCAAAACCUGCAACGAACUCUGUUUGAGGAAAUGAGAAAUAGAAUGCCCACAAAAAUUUCCACUGCUCCCGAGCGUUGGGGUCCCUGGUUAUACUACCAGUACAUUCCAGAAGGGAAAGAAUACCCUGUUCUUUGCAGGAGGUUAGAGUCUGGGAAAAAUGGUUGGCUAAAGACGCUUCUCAGUUACACAAGCGGACAGUUUGGGAUGGAGCAAAUUUUGCUUGAUUGGAACGAAAUUGCAGAACAAUAUGGUUAUGUCCAUGUGGGUACAUGCCGAGUUUCACCGGACCACAACUUUCUUGCAUACACACUUGAUUUUACUGGAAAUGAACAGUUUGUACUUCAAAUUAAGGACCUCAGAGAUGGAUCUAUUGUUCCAAAAUCAGAAAUUGAUGGGGUUGUUAGUUUGGCAUGGGCUCAAGAUGGCUGUACUUUGUUCUAUACAAAAUCAGAUCAGAAUCAACGACCUUAUAGGGUUCUGUGCACAAAACUGGGAUCUGAUGUGAUAGAUGAUGUUACAGUUUUCACAGAAGAUGAUUUGAACUUUUGUGUGGAUAUUACAAGUACAAAAGAUGGAAAGUUCAUUACAGUCAACUCAAACUCAAGAACUUCAUCUGAGGUUUAUGUGAUAGAUGCAACCAAUCCAUUUGACGGUUUACAAAGAAUACACAAGCGUGUUUCUAAUGUCCAGUAUUUUUUGGAACAUCACAAUGGUUUGUUCUAUAUUCUUACAAAUGCUGCUUUAAGUGGGUCGUCGGGUGGUAAUUAUUACUUGGCUACAUGCCCAGUUGAACAUAUAAAGUCAUCCCAGUGGCAGAGUAUCAUCCUUCCAAGUGAAGAUAUGAACUUUCAGGAUAUGGACAUUUUUAGUGGGCAUUUGGUGCUUUUUCUCCAGAAGAAAGGUUUCCCCCUGUUAUGUUCCAUCAAUUUGCCUUUCAAGGUUGAUUGUGAGAGUCAAUUGGAGGUUGACGAUCUUGAUCCAUGGUUUUUCCCUCUGCCUUCAAAUCUAUGUAGCAUUGUUCCAGGGUUGAACCAUGACUUCAUGAACCCAAAAUAUCGUGUUGUAUUGUCAUCACCAGUGAUGCCUGAUGUGAUUGUUGACUAUGACAUGUCAAGGCAGACAUUCUCAAUCGUUCAGCAAGAGGAAGUAAGAGAACUUUCCGGUGAUCAUGGAAGACAUUUACCAGCCCAUAAGCAAGAUACUCCUGAAUAUCUUGAUACACAAAAUGGAGAGGAUAAAAAUUAUCACAAUGUUGAAUUAAGGAGAUGGAAAGACUUUUCUGAUGCAUACUGCUGUGAAAGAAAGGAAGCCAUUUCCCAUGAUGGUGUCAGGGUUCCCCUGACCAUCUUGUAUUCUCGAAAAGCCUGGCAGAGGGGUUUGUCUCCUGGACUAUUACAAGGCUAUGGAGCAUAUGGGGAAGUUCUGGACAAAGCUUGGUGCCCAGACCGCCUGAGUUUGCUUGAUCGUGGUUGGGUGAUGGCCUUUGCUGAUGUGAGGGGUGGUGGCAGCGGGGAUUCUUCAUGGCAUAAAUCUGGCAGUGGGUUGAACAAACAUAAUUCCAUAUAUGAUUUUGUAUCAUGUGGUAAUUACCUCAUUAAUGAAGGCUACGUUCAUAGAGAUCAGCUAGGUGCCAUUGGUUUCAGUGCUGGGGGCCUUCUUGUUGGGGCAGCUAUUAACAUGGACCGAAAUCUGUUUUGUGCUGCCAUAUUGAAGGUGCCAUUUCUUGACAUAUGCAACACGUUGUUGGAUCCGAGUUUGCCUCUUACCUUAUUGGAUUAUGAAGAAUUUGGGAAUCCUCAGAUACAAUCCCAUUUUGAGUAUAUUCUAAGUUAUUCUCCUUAUGAUAACAUUCAUCGCGAUGGUUGCCUUCCUGCAAUGCUUGUUACUACAUCAUUUCUCGACUCAAGGGUUGGAGUUUGGGAGGCUGCCAAAUGGGUGGCCAGAAUACGAGAUAGCACAUGUUCUAGUUGCUCUUGCUCAGUCAUUCUAAAGACAAACAUGGCUGGAGGACAUUUUGGUGAAGGUGGUUAUCACAGCAAAUGUGAAGAAACAGCUUAUGAUUAUGCCUUUUUGAUGAAGGUUAUAGGGGACUUAAAUGAUAGAAGUUAGGAUUGUUGCUGAGAUGCACUACCAAAUCAACAGAAAUAUUUACUCAAGUCCUUGUAAAGAGGGAUUCUUGCAAUUUUGCAGAGGAUGAUGGAUAACUUGAGAAAGUGUUUGAAAACAAGCAAUAGGCAAGGUACUGAUGCGAUCAUUCCCUCUAGGGAAGGUGACAAGCGCGCAUCGUAUGGCGAAUCUAUGGAGGGUCAUAUCUUGGUCUCUCCCACCAAAUAAGAGGGUCAAUGCUCAUGUGGAUCACUCACCGCACAAGACGAGGUGAAGGUUAGAUUCUGUAAGAAAGAUGACAAGCGUGCCUUAGGGUGCUGGACGUGUGGGAACUUCAAUUCACCUAGAGGUAGCAGGGAUUGCUUUGGUUCUCCAAUUAGUAUAUUAGAAGCUAAAGAUCACAAGCUAUGCUUGGAGAGGAAUGGCUUUAGUUACUAGAUAAUCUUCUUUGGCUCCCUUGGUAAUUGCCCCAUGGAGCAAGGACUCCUCUUAUCUGAGAACUGGGAUGCAUAAAGCUGCAACUCUCCAUGAAACUUAAAUCUUUAUUUUUAAGAGCAUUUUAUAAUGAUCAACCAGUUCCAGCAUAUGAAUUAACUAUUCUUUAAAAGUUAUUGGAUUUUCA